AUGUCCGCAACAACCAAUCCCUCACCCAACGACCCAGUUCCUUCACCUAAGCGCUCGCCUACGCCGGAAAAGACUAUUGGGACGAAGCCAGAGGAGCAAACACAGGAAGAGGGAACCAAGACGCCGUCAGAGACCUGCCCGCUAUGCCCGGACGAGAAACAGGAAAGACGUAGGUCUUCUCGCCGGGAGGACUGGAUCCAGUGCGAGGCGUGUAAUACCUGGUUCCAUUGGAAGUGCACAGGUGAUAAAACUGACCUUGCUACUAUUGCAAAAUGGUUUUGCAAGAGUUGCGUCGAGCAGGAUUCCAGCCGGGUUGUUACCUACAAAGCGCCCGCGAGAAAGUCGUUGCGCAAACGUGCCCAACAGGAUUAUGCGAAUAUCGAGAACGGGAUUGGCUCUGAUCCUCGGAGGUGGUUGAAGCUACUGGAGGAUAAGGAUCCAUACCCAGAUCCGUUUAAGAGGAUGAAGGGAAGCGACGUGCAGCUGAGCUGGUUGGAGGAGGAUGAGACCGCGAUGCUAGAGCCUGUCGUUAUUGAGAAGCCGGAGGGCUUGGGGAUGAAGAUGCCUCCCAGUGAUUUCAGUGUGGAUGAUGUUGCGGAUUUAUUGGGCGAACACACGCCGGUGGAUGUUAUUGAUGUGGCGAGUCAGUCUGCAUCCCCUGGUUGGACACUCGGAAAGUGGGCCGACUAUGUGGAGAGUGAACCUUCGAAGAGGGAGAAGAUUUACAAUGUUAUUUCCUUGGAGGUAUCGGGCACGAAGAUUGCGGAGCAAGUGUUACCCCCGAAGAUUGUGAGGGACUUGGAUUGGGUGGAGAACUUUUGGCCGAGUACGAGAAAGGGCAAGGGGAAUGUGUACCCCAAGGUGCAGUUGUAUUGCCUGAUGGGUGUUGAGACUGCUUGGACGGAUUGGCAUAUCGAUUUUGCGGGGUCUUCAGUUUAUUAUCAUAUCUUGAGCGGGGCAAAGACAUUCUACUUUAUCAGACCUACAACUGCCAAUUUGGCAGCGUAUGAACGAUGGUCUGGAAGUGAACUGCAGUAUCAGACGUGGUUGGGGGAUUUGGUGGAUCAUGUGUACAAGGUGGAGUUGAAGGCGGGGAAUACGAUGAUCAUUCCUGCUGGGUGGAUCCACGCCGUGUAUACACCGGCUGAUACUAUGGUGUUUGGGGGCAACUUUUUGCACUCGUACAAUGUCGCAACGCAAAUCAAGGUUCGAAAUAUUGAGAUUGCGACUCAGGUGCCCAAAAAGUUCCGGUUCCCGAUGUUUGCCAGAUUGUGCUGGUAUGUUGGUGACAAGUACCUUAAAGAUCUGAGGACGCACUCAGAGUUCCCGGAUCGAGUGAUGGAGGGUAUUCUGGCGCUAGCCAACUUUCUUGUUGGCGAGGUGCGGAUUCUUGAGCGAGGGGGAGAGCAGGCGAAAAAGGAAGUGAAAGAGCAAAUACCGGCCGAUCGCGUCAAAGACGCGCCUGCUCUGGCGCGAGAGCUCCGGUGGCGAACGCGAUUGGCGCUUGGGUACUCGAGCUGUGAUGAGGGGGAUGAAACGGUGGUGAACGGAGCCAAGAGGAAGAGAGGGGCGUCCGAAUCGCCAGUGAAUGGGAUCUUUAGGAAUUUCAAGCCCAAGAAAUGGGAUGAUUCGUUGGAGGAGGUCGAGCAGGGUGAGAAUAAGCGGGUGAAAUGUGGGGGACCGAGACCGGACAGCGGAGAGGGGUGGACCAAGGGAUGGCUCAAGGGGGAAACCGAGGAGAUGGGUGAAGAGACUUUGGUGAACAUCCGCAAGGAACGAUACACCAAAGUGAGACGGACUGCACACGGAGUUGAGCGACAACGGGUUGAGCGGACAGUCGAGCAAUGGGUACUAGAGGAGUAG